UCGCGAGUCCGUGGAUGUGAACCUUUGUUUUGUACAGAAGAAUGGCUGCCAUCUUUAGUUUUCGAUGGAUGUUUUCCGAAGAGAUCGUGAAUUCUCGUAUUUAUCGCGGUAUUUAAUCACGUAAGAAAAUCUCGAACAGUGAAAUAACGUUGUCCGCGAUGUAAAGAGUGUUCUACUGUUCGUUAUUCAAGCUGCCCUGGUGUCAGUUCCGUUGAAAAAUGCUUGUGUUUACAUCCAAGUUUAAAGUCAGCCUCUGUAUUCCUGUCAUAUUAAGCCUAUGGUUCAGGAUCCUCAAAUAGCGGAAUCGAAGAGCGCGGUACACGGCGAAGCUGUUGGCUGAGGAUAGCCAUUCGAUCCUAACUCGCACGGGUUUCCAGUUGGCGUGAUCGAAAGGCCUCCAAAACGUCGACCCCGUCGGUAAUCAAGUUAUCGGGGGGUGGAACAGGUGGGGGUGGGGAGCAAUUGUCCCCAGGGUCUGGCCCACCUCCCCCGGUGUCCCCAGCCGAUCGUACCGAUGCCAGCGAGAAUGAUGGCGUCACAUCGAAAUGCGUCGACAACUUUCCGCAGACCGCUGAAACCACCAUGAGCUUCGUUCUACAGCUGGGCACAGUAGAAACGCCUGUGGAGAAAAAGAACGGUAGUCAACCAGCCACUACCUUGCUUGGCCAGGAAACGCCGAACCAGGUAGUGGUUGGUACCGACGAUGCUGGAAAAUCUCAGAUCAUUCAGUGUUUGGAGGCCACAUCGGAAAUCCCAACUGGCCACGUGAUAUCCUUCACCACAGUUAAAUCAGUGAACGUCACUUAUCCGGUAGCGAAAGCUGCCAGAGAGGUACAGAGGCUCGCAGGCUCCCAAACGAACACCACCCAGGUAUUAACUACCCGUGUGAUUUCGCAAAAGUUGCCAUCCACCAGCCAUCAAACACUGAACACUACGGCUCACGUGACUCACGUGCCGGUAAACUCGCAGUCCUUAUCAUCAGCGGGCAAUGGAGUAACGCAUGUGUACCCUUUGCAGUAUGCGUCCUCUGUGCAGAAUAAACAACAACAUGGUAGGAGUCAGGUAGUUGAUGGUAAGCAGCAACAACAGCUGACAGGGACCAGUGUGUCUGGGUUACAAGGCAAUGUGCAUCAGAAGACCCAGCAACAGGUCCCUGCACAGCAACUGGUUACCAGUAAUGCGGUAAAGGCAAUCAGCACAGCCACCUCAGUGCCAAAUAUUCAAAGGAUACACGUUAAAGCGCAGAAUCUCGUUGGCCAGUCUCAAACCGUUAAUUUGCAGAAAGUGAAGACAGUGAACGCCACUCAGGCUGUUGCUGUGCAGAGGAAUUCUUUGCCUAGGAUACAAACGGUGCAAAAGGGACAGACUGUGUCCAUGCCAGCCACAACAAAUCAGUUCACAGUGAACCAGGUAGUAAACAACUCCACUGUACAAAGAGGCCAACAGCAGGGAAGUAAUGCGAAUCUCCAAAAAGCACAAGCAAAUGCCAGUAACACACAAAAAGUGGCGCAGCAUGUUUACAACAGUCAGAAAGUAUCAGCCCAGAUACUAGCCAGCCAUCCAAAUCAUAAAGCACAACAGGUAACUGGUAAUCAGCAAGCAGGGUUACAGAAGUUGCAGGGUCAACAACAGAAGAACCUGACCAUUCCCAGGCAGCAGCAGCCAAGCACUGUGAAUAAUGUACAAAAAUCUAGCAAUUCUGUAGCUGGUAUACAGAAGGCGCAAAUGCUAGGACAAGUGCAGGGUCAGCAGCAGCCAGUGCAGGUUCAGAAACAUGUGCAACAGGUUCAGUCCUCUCAGAGAACUUCUCACUCAACUGGACAACAAAAGUCUCCAACAGUGGCAGCAGUCAAUUCCAAUAGAGUGCAAUCGUUAACGAAUGUAUGUAAGAGUAAUAGUGUCCCCAAUAUCACCAAGAUGCAGCAGAACGCAAACCUGCUGACUGUGAGCAAACAACAGCAGGUGAUAUCGCAGCCACAGCCGCAACAAGUACACGUGCAGUCUUCGCCUCAGCUGCAGCAGCAACUGCUUCAGCAAACCUCUCAAUCUCAACAGCAACAGAUCACUAACAAGCAACAGCAAGGAAACUUGAAUCAACAGGUACAGAGGAGUCACAGUAUUACAAACGUGCAUCAAAAGGUUACAGCCAUCGCUACUAUGCCAAAUAAUCAACGCACUCAGGUAGUGAAUUCCAAGGUACAACAGCAACAACAGAUGGUGAUGAGAGUGGGUGUACCAAAAAAUCAGGCGCAGUGUUUACAGCAAGGGAGUUUGAAGAACGUGCCGCAGAAAGUAGUGAAUGCUGUUAAAACAUCAAACACCCCACAAAAUGCGAUUCAGCAACCGUUGCAAAGGAAUGCCAAUUCUCAACCUGUGAAAAUCAUCCAGCAGCAGCAGAACGUGAUAGGCCCACAGAACGCCCAGAAGCAACCUGGAUGCAUUAAAACCAUACCGCCUCAGAAAUCCGCGCAGAGAAACCAUCAGCAAAAAGUGACUGGUAUCAAGACCUCGUUAAAUACAAACGUGACGGCAGUAAAGGGUCAAGGGCCUAGCACUGCAGUCCCCCAAAAGACGAGUAUCAAAACACUGCUCCCUCAACAAUCCGUUACACCCAAUAUGUUGAUGCACAAGAACCAGCCAAUCAAGAUACAACAGCAAACCAUCCAGCAGAAACAGCUUGUCAUGACAUCUCAAUUUCCUCAGCAAGUCCGGCAGCAGUCCGGUCAAAUAAAAACCUUGCUACCAGUAACCAGUACCGAACCUCGCAAAGACGUCGAGAACAAAAUCGAACCCGAAUCGUGUGUACCUGAAGAAGAUGAUCAUCAAGAAGCAGCACCUAAAUCUCCAGUUAGAAGAAUGCCUCAUCCCUACGAGGUAACCUAUUGUUUGCAGUUUGUUCUACAGGAUCAUAAUUACGUGGCGCCGCCACCGCGGUCGCCUUCACCUCCGUCACCACCGCCUCAUCCGAAGCAACAGGCCAUCAAUGGUGCUGGAAGUUCUGCAGCAACUUCUCAGCACCCCUACAUGUAUGGACAAGUUGUGAGCGGCAGCAAUGUUGAAGACGACGCAGCUAGCGCUAUUAGUAGCGAGGCUGGCAGAGAGGCAGAGCCGGAAGGCGAAGAAACCGAAACUGCUCCUGAGGGAGAGGGAGAUGACGAAGAUAGUGUUACUAGAUGUAUAUGUGAUUUCGAACACGACGAUGGGUACAUGAUCUGUUGCGACCGAUGUCUGGUGUGGCAACACGUAGAUUGCAUGGGCAUAGAUCGUUCUAACAUUCCUGACGAGUACCUUUGCGAGAUCUGUCGGCCGCGACGAGUAGACAGACAAAGAGCGCGCGCAUUACAGAUGCGUAAACGCGAGGAAUUGUUGAACUCGGAUACGUCGUCGGACACAUCGUCUACCAGUUCGGCGGACACCGAUGUCGGUGUGAAUGCGGUCCCGAAGAAACGAACGUUGCCACAGCAACAGCAACCACAGCAGGUCCCCAGGCGAAAGUCUGAUCCGCCGUCGCAAGUGAGGCGUCUGAACAACAAUAACAAUAAUAAUAAUAACGUAGCGAAAAGGCAGAGGAGAGAUUCGCAUCCGAGACAAUCUAGCGCUGUACGUAAGAAAGAGGCAACGAAACGGGGUCCGGGUAAACGUAAACCGAAAAGACGAAUGAGUCUCGAAGACAAAGAAGAGGAAACGCAGGACUCAUGGAGCUCCUCAAACGUGGCGCCUCUUCGACAGUGGAUCGAGCGGUACGAGGAGGCAGUCACGAAUCACUAUAGUCCAGAAUUAAGGGCUAGGAUAUCCUCUAUUAAAGUGAACGGCACGCAUAGUGAUCUCAGGCAAAGCAACAUGAACGUUAUCGCCUCUGGAAAAUGCCGCCUAAACGUACACAGUAAUAACGUUAGGUUUCUGGUGGCAACAAUGUACCUACCGCCGAAUACACCGGUCGUUGAGCUAAGGGGGAAGUACAUGUUGAGUACUCAACAUCGACCGUCGCAUCCACAAGGAAGGCAACACACGCAAAGGCCGGGCCCUUUCGUAUUCUUUUAUCGGUUGCCACGUGACGGUACGGAAGUGUGCGUGGAUACGAGAACGUAUGGGAACGAUGCUCGAUUCGUGCGGCGUAGUUGUAAGCCUAACGCGGAAGUGAAGCACUGUAUAGAGAAAGGAACGUUGCAUUUGUAUAUCGUGACCACCACCGCAAUCGAGAAGAAUGCCGAGAUCACGAUCAGACACGAGCAGCACGACCUGUUGCUUUCGCCGAAUCCGAACGGGCCUAUGGUGCCUAUCGUUUGCGCGUGUAACAAUCCAAGAGAGUGUCAAAUAGCUUCGGUGAACCAGUUGAGUAGAAGAGGAAGUAACGGAUCGUUAGCUGAAAAUGCCGAUGGUCGUGAAAGGAGACGGAGGGGCAGGCGAAAUACGGUGUGUGAGGACAGUGAUUCCUCUACAGCAAUGCCUAGUACCAGUGUCACGCAACCUACACCACCGCCUGUGACGACACCAGCGGCAGUGUCCCCGGCGCCAGCUAGGAGGACAAUUACACCCACCAUGACGACUGUGACUCGGCAGACGCCUAAAGAGGAACCACCAGCAACCAUUGUACAACAACCACAAACGUCACCAAAUUUGACUCAAGUCACAGCUCCGGAAACCAAGAAGGACAAGAAGAAGAUGACUAGGGAAGAAAGGAAAAUGGAGGCCAUUAUGAAAGCGUUCGAACGAUUGGAGAAGGCGGAGCAAAGGAAGCAAGAGGUUCAGGCCAGGAAUGCGCAAAGAAAGGAAUCCGGUAGUACGCAUAGCGACAACGAGGACAAUCCAACCACAACGAUAACAUCGAAACAGAAACAACAAAGUUCCGAGAGGCCAUUGAGACGAAAGAAGAGGAAAGGUAGAACCAGAACUUCGUCCCAGUCGCAAAGCGGUAGUCGGAGAUCAAGGCUAAAUUCCGCGGAUUCAGACGUCUCGUCUGGAGAAGAGAGCAACUCCAUGCAGUCACCACCAUUGUCGAGUCAGAACCACUCGCAAAGCCGCGACGCACCUUAUUCAUCCCAUUUACAUACUCCAGGCAAGAACACGAAUGAUAAUAUGAACACGGGAUCCGGGCAUCAAGGAAUACCAACAGCUGCCGGCUUAUUGUUGGCUUUAGCGAAUUCUAACGCGCCUGGACCUAGUUCUCCUCCACUGCAACAACCAACCCCUGUGAAGAGUCCAACAUGCGACAGCGGAGCGAGCAGUAGUUCUCAAAGUUCUACUCCACCUACUCCUCUUUCAUCAGCUUGCUUGCUGGUCGCAGCGGCGGUUGGUCCAUUAGCACCUGGCUUCAAAUUCCCAAAGACUAAGAAGGUCCUAAUGAACGAGUGGUUAAAGGAGUCGCCUGAUCCACCUCAAGCCAACGUACCUCAAGUGUCCCCAUUGCCAGCAUUGCCCUCAGCACCUCUCCCCAAUUCCAUCAAUCCGCUUUGCAGGUCGACGGAUUUCUCAUUGCCCGCAGAUUCGUCCGCGGAGUUCCUGAGUCAGAGUUAUGCGGCCAAAAGUCUAGCUACUUUGGUACAAGCAGCCAAUUCCGUCUCUGGUAUUUGCGAUUCGCCACCGCAACGCAAACAAGCAAUCACUGGUAACACGGUGUGUCCUGUCUCGUCGGGCUCUGCUAAGAAGAGGUGGCUGCGGCAAGCUAUUUCUGAGGAGUGUGAUUCGCCGAAUAGUAGACCGGAAAGUCCGCCAGCCAGUGAGAUGGUAGCUCCGCCGAAAAAGAGGCGAAUAGCGAGAGAAAGCUUGUCAUCAGACAAUUACACACCACCCACGACGCCAACUAUGCUUCAUCCCGAAGCCGUUCCCAAUGCUAGAUCUCUCUGCCCGACAGAAGAUGACUAUAUUGAACACCUUCAGUCACCUAUGAUGGAACAUACAGAUGAAAGACAUCUAGAUUCCACGGAAUCCAUAAAACAGGAAGAACCUCCGGAAGAGAAGUUGCGACAGAAAUUGUGCAUUGAGAUACCGCCUCAAAAUUUUCACAUGAAAACUCUGAAGACCGAAGAGACUGUUGAAAUCGUGCCGAUGGAUUCAUUGGUGAAAGAAAAGAGUAUCGAGCUGAAAGUGGAGCCGAAGGAGGAAGAAAUGUACUGCGAGCCUCCAGAGCAGUUAGAUUUGAAGCCAAUCAAGGAAGAAUUACGUUUAGUCAAGAACGAAAUAGAUUACCAAAGGGACAGGAUUAAGAAGGAGCACGUUAUUAAACAAGAAGUUGUGGACAUGGAGAAAGGCACUGUUGAAAUAGUGGAUCAAAAUGAAGAGGGGGACACGGAGAUGGAGGACCUCAGUUCCCCCAUCGACGCCAUGGAAUCCGAUGCCAUAUUGAAGCAGCGAGUGGACGAGAUGAGGUUAGAGUUUGGUGGUACCAUAAACGAAAUAGAGAGUGAAAAGUGUGACGACGAAGACAGAAAGCAAGACAGCAUAAGGUGCGAGGUGAAGUCUGACGAUAAUAUGUCCAUCGACGAAUUCGACGUUGAGGCUCAGAUGAAGAAGAUCACCGGGGAUGAUGGGAAUGACUACAAGGAGAAGGUAGACACCAGUUCAGAGAAAGACAAAAGUAUGGACGGUAUAGAGGGUUUGAUGGAGAGCUCCAAGGAAGACUCCGAAUCUGAGGACAAGGAUCUAGAGGACGUGAAAUAUGAAACGUCGUUCAAAUCCUUUAGCAUAGAUCACGAAGAAAGGAUGUUCAAGGAAUUUGAAAACAAAGUGGAUCAGGAGGACAUUAUCGAACACGAGAUGAAAGACGUAGAACAAACUGAAGAAUCUCAAAAGCCGGAACAGCCGUCCGUAUUCGUUGCCUCCUCGGAGGAGUCCAUAUUCGAGUCCACAUCGUCCAACAUGGACGCGGAGUCCAUCGCCGAACCACCUAAGAUAUUUCAUUCCAUUCCACCGUUGAGCGAACGUAUCCGGAAGAAAACAGAGGCAAGUGCUUCGAAGAGCCAAUUGAACUUCGAAGCAGCCAUCAUUGAAUCCACCAUCGACAUAGAGUCUUCGGAUGGGUCCAAAAACGGGGAACAGAAAUCCAUGUUGUCCACGGCGUUGAGGGAAUUGCUGGAAGCGAAGUUGGAUGAUCUGGCGCCGGAAGAGGUGAAAGAGGAAACGGUUGAUGAAAACAGUACCACGUUCAUUGAAACGAAAUCCGAGACAUCCGAGCAGAGUGUAGACGUCCCAGAUACAUCCCUUAGGACUGUUCCCCAGGAGGUACAUAUUGAGGAGAUUCCGGUUAAAGAGGAAGAAGCUGCUCCACACAAAGAAGUAAAACGACUGAAGGACCCCAGAACAGUUGUUCCCAAUAGUAUGCCUGCACCUGCAUUUAAACCUGAUGCAAUUCCUCCAGUUAAACGAAAGUUAUCCAUAUCAGAAUAUCGGAAACGUAAACAGCAAUCAUCGGGCACCCCACCAGAUCCCGAACCGUCACCUACCGACGCGUCUACCACAGACAAGGGAAGUGCGAGAGGUAGAUCAGACAGCGCAAGUAGUGGCACUUCGUCGCUUAGUUCAGAUGAGGAAGCAUCGAAGAUACCUUCUCUUUCCCUCGACCUACCUGGACUCACCGCAUUACCGCUCUUCAAUAAUGCGGAAGGUGAAGAGAAGAAAGGUAACGGGGGCGAAGAAGGUACCAUCGGCUGGUCUGCCGCUCCGACUCUAGUCGAACGCCAACGGGAGAACCUCACCGAGAGAUUGAAACGAGAAUUUGGGUUAUUCUUGAGCGACGACGAGGAAGAAAGAGCUCGCAAGCAUGGUUUAACAGCAGAGGCGAUACUGAAAGCCCGCAAAUCAUCUCCUCCACAUCCAACCGUUUCGAAUACUCCGCCAGGCUACCCAGUACCACCUCAGCUACCUCCUCAACCCUACAUUCCUCCCCCUGGUUCCGCGUCCAUCCACUACCCCCAAUUCCAAGCGAAGCCUUGUCCCGUUCAGUAUCCAACGUUCACAGUUCCUCAGAACGCACCGCAGCCAGUCUACGCCAACGCACAAGCGUCGAGCAACAAACAACAACCGCAGCAACAGUUUCUGGUGCCGCAAGCUUCGCAGGCUCCGCCAGGAUCGAACCCGUAUCCUCCGCAAUUUAUUCCGCCAACUACCACCGCAGUGUCGAUCUCGAAGUUCUCCUCGACUACGCCACCACCGUCGGGUAACCAAAUGUACCCGGCGUCCGGUCAGUCUCAAAAGCCAUUCUACAAUCAUCCUGCUUCCAGGUCUUAACCCGCAUAACGCCAUAGCGCUGUUGAAAAAUUAUUGUAGAUAGCGACCGCCGUCGGACUCUCCGCGGGUUUAUUCGAUUCCAAUUUAGACAAAAGUUCAUUUUCUGUUUUCUUUUUUCAUUUUGCGUUGUUCACGUUUGCCCUCCGUGUUGGGCCUCGAUAGAUGAAGGACAGGGAGGAGAAGGAUGGGGAUAACGGGACGGGAUAUUACACAGAUUCACUUCGGUCGAAAACGUGGAGAGAUCCGGCGACGAUUCAUCCAGGUGCUAACCCGUUCACUGUUCGACGAUAACCCAGUGAACCCGCCGCGACAGAUGGUGGGAAAUUUGAAUUGGGAUUCGCGUGGCAUAAAAGUGAUAGUUUAAGUAUUCCGCGAAGACCGAUCGAGGGGGGAUGGUAGUACGUUUUAGGUAACGACUGGUGUCCUAAGACACUAUGCUCUACACCCGGCAUCUAAGCGCAACGGCCAAAAGUGUGUGAUCGUGCACUUACUCUUCACAACGGCGGGAAACGGUGCCCUAAUGAAAUGUUUAUACAUAGCUUUAGUUCAAUUUUUGAUGGAACUAUAAGAAAGUUGGGAUCGUCAUCCGAGUCGAUAACCGUGCAAAGCUUAUCGACUUGGAUACUGACCAUAUACAUAUAUAAAUAUAUAUAUAUAUAUAUAUAUAUAUAUAUAUAUAUAUAUAUAUA